AUCUUCGUCAUUGCGGAGAUCUUCUGCCUGUACGCUGGCUUCCGCUACCAUUACCGUCGCGGCUUGAACAACAUCCUGGUGCUCUUGAUCGGUGGUAUCCCCAUUGCUAUGCCCACCGUCUUGUCCGUGGCGCUCGCCGUCGGUGCCCAGCAGCUCGCGAAAUACAAGGCUAUCGUCACCUGUAUUAUGGCCAUCGAGGAGCUUGCCGCCGCCACCAUCCUGUGCUCCGACAAGACCGGUACCCUCACCACCAAGAAGUUCACCAUCGAUCGCGAGACCGUCAGCACCUACGGUGCCUUCUCCGCCGAAGAUGUCAUCCUCCUCGCUGCCUACGCUUCGCGUACCGAGAACCAGGAUGCGAUCGACACUUGCGUCUUUGGAGUCCUCGGCGACACCUCUCGCGCCCGUGCUGGUAUCAAGCUGCUCGACUUCAAGCCUUUCAACCCCGUCGACAAGCGCACGGGAUCACUUACCGGGAGGAGAGCUCUGGCAAGCUCAAAGCGUGUCACCAAGGGCAUGACCGGAAUCAUCAUCGAGCUUUGCACGCGCAACAAGACCGAGGAGCAGGAGAACAAACUCGAGGCCGACGUUGAGGAGUUCGCCGCGCGUGGUCUGCGCGCCCUCGCGGUUGCCUACGAGGAGGUCGACGGCGACAACUUCGCUCGACGAGAUGAGCCUCGACGCUGA